CGCCUAGUGGGAAUUUUCAAUGUGACAAAGCCGAGUGAAAAAAUAUUUUUCGAGGAAAAAUUGUGUAAAUAUUCCCAGAUUAACUUAUUUUAGUGUGCUUUUUAUGAGUUAAUUUUCUUCAAAGAAAGUAAACUGUUGUGAAAUACUUUGUUCAGGGAGAGACGCGCAAUGGGAGGCCGAAAGUGCGUGGUUUCCGGAUGUCCAUCUCAUUCAGCCAGGAAGGAGGAUCGCGGAGUAACAUUUCACAAGUUUCCCCACAAUCCCAAGGUACGUAUUCAGUGGCUGACAAUGUGUAAAAUGGACCCUGGACUGCUGCCGCCAAAGAGCAUGAAUGUUUGCUCGAGGCACUUCCGUCAAAUUGAUUUUCAGCAGUUCAAGGGUACCAAAUGCCUCCUGAAAAUCGGGGCAUUCCCCACAAUGUUCCCCUGGGGCGUUACACCAAAUCCCCCAUCGGAGGCUGAUAUGAAAAAAGGUUCCUCCACCAAGGCGGAGGGUGGAGGCUCAAAAGGCGCAUUAGGGGAAAAAUCUGCUGUAGAUACUCGCCUGAAGAAGGCAGUAAAGAGGUCAGCAAGUGUGGAGAAUGUUCAGAAGCAGCCACAGAAGAAGAUUCUGAGAAAAGCGUCAGAUUCGGGAAUUGUUAAGGAGGAAAAGCCAGCGACACCGCAGAAAAAAUUCGAUCCUGUUACGUGCUUCACUCCAGGAACACGAAUUGAGGCAAAAGACUUCAACAAUGUCUGGCAUUCGGCGAUGGUGAUGGAAGUGGACAAUGCAGACCGGGAGGUGUUAAUUCAUUUGGAAAUUAAGGAUCCGGAAAAGUCCACGGGGAUUGUCGAUGAGUGGAUUCCCAUGGAUAGUAGUCGAUUGAGACCGCUACAGGCCAAGAGUGAUACUGAUAAGCAGAAAGUUAUUGUCACAUUCACAGAAGGUGAGAAAAUCCAUGCCAGAUGGAAUGAUGCCAGGAAGUUCCGUGCUACGGUAACGAAGGUUCUGGAGAACAAUACCUAUGAGAUUCUCUUCGAUGAUGGGAUUUCUAAGGUGGUGACAACCAAGGAAAUGUGGAAGAUUCGUCCGAGUGUGACGAAUCUCUUUGGGAAGAGCCGUCCUCGGCCGAAGAAACGCCCCAAAAUGGGCAAAAUGGGUGUCUCAGCGAAAUACUAUAGGAAGAAGGCUGUUGCAGCCAAGGAGAAUGAGUGGUACUGCCAGUGGAUAGAUGACCAGCCCGUGGGAAAGGAGUCAUUCAUCGAGACUGGCACAGAGGGCAAAAAACCCUCGAUAAUUGUCGAUGAUCCGAGACUUCCGGAAGGUUGGGAGAAACACUUUGCAGCUAGAUAUUCAACAGUGGCCAAAUGGGAUGUGAUCCUUGUACAUCCCAAUGGGAAAAAAUUCCGCAAUAAGCAGGAAUUGAAGAUGUAUCUGGAUGAGACAAAUGAGUAUCAAUAUGAUGCAAAUAUCUUUGAUUUUGGGAUACACAAGAAACGGGCUAGAUUGAUGAAAGCCUAUACAUUUACUGAAGAAUACAAAGCUAAAUUUGCAGAGAUGGCCAAGGCUCAGCAAUUGGCAUCCUUGGAGGCAAAGGCUGUGGCAGGAAAAGUUGAUCCGAAUUUGGCUGCAGUUGUUGGAGAGCAAUUUAUUGGGGAGGGUUUUGUCCUGGUGGAUGGCCUGAAGGUGCAAAUCAUUGAGAAUUUGUUCAGAUGCCCCAAAGAGGGAUGUUUUAAGAAUUUCCGGAAGGAGAAUUUACUGAAAAUUCACAUUAAGCACUAUCAUGAGGAAAUUGCUAAGCAGCUAACAGCGCCUCCUACAAUGACAGAUUUGGCUUAUCAACGGACAGUGUGUCAGGCUAUUGAGGAUCCUUUCGUGGGCAAAUCGCCAGAAGUGCAGAAAUUUGAGAAGAAUUCACAGGAAUCUGCAACUCCAGCAAGACCUUCCAGGAGAUCCAAUACAAGUUCCAGUGGUCAAAAGGCGGGAGAAGCUAGAGUGACAGGAAGAUCAGGUGGGGAGAAAUUCAGUGAUUUGCAGGCGGAUAUUGUGAAAAUUGAGCCAGAAAGUGUCCUGCCGAAGGAAGUACUGGCAGAAGAACCACGCCGGAAGUAUAGUCUUCUGGAGGAAGCUCUCAAUUCCAAGGGAUCUCACGAUAAUUCUGCGAAAGGUGGCCAGGAAAGUGAGUACUCAAUGGAUCCGGAGAUGCUAAUAAAGACUCAUGCAGUUAGUAGACCUCAAGUUCUCAAACGCAAAAAGAGUCACUCAAAAUUCCGUGGAGUUUCUUCAGCCACGGGAUACCGGAGGAAUUAUGUGAAACGUCGGAUGAUGCUGAAGAAUCGUAUGAUUCUGGAAUCAAUGGCAGAUUCAGAGGAGACUCGACAUUCCUUCAGUGCUGACAAUGUCUCCAAUCGUCCGUCCCUCAAGAAACCCUUCGAUGAUUCCCACGAGACAACAAACAGCCAAACAACGACCACAGAACACAGUCAGAGUCCGCAGUACAUCAAUGAAGGUGGAGAAUUGAUAAAGAUCGUAAGGAUGCGUCAGGAAGAAAUCAUCAAUUGCCUGUGUUCCUUCUCCGAAGAGGACGGUCUGAUGAUUCAGUGUGAGUUGUGCCUAUGCUGGCAGCAUGGAAUUUGCAAUGGGAUUGAGAAAGAGAGUCAGGUUCCGGACAAAUAUAUUUGCUAUAUCUGUCGCAAUCCCCAUCGAGGAAGGGAAUCAAUGAAGUACAUUCAUGAUCAGGAUUGGCUCUAUGAUGGUAAACUCUCAACAACGCAGUAUCAUGCACAAAAUCCCAAUCAAGCUGAUCGUUUUGAUACUCUCAAGUCCAGCCAUACGCUGACUGGGAAUCUGCUGGAACUCAAGAGAUUCAUGCACAGUCUCAAGGUGAAGAUUAAUAUUGCGGAGAAUAAAGAUCAUCCGAAGAUGUAUUUGUGGUCAAAGAAGUGGGAAACGAGUCCUCCGCCAGUGGAGUCUGGGAGUCAGGGGGAUGCAGUGAAGGUGGAGGAAGUGAAGAAGGAGGGAGAAGUGCGGAAACCCAAAACAGAAGGAGUCACAGUGACAUCAUCACCACAGAAAGUCAACAAUGUGCAGCAGCCGAAGAUUCCGGAACCAGAAGCAGCCAUUGAUCCCAAGGAGUGCCAGCUGAGGCUACUGGAUCACAUCCAGAAAAUGCAGAGCCUCGCCAUGAUGCGCCUUCAGACAAUUGAUGAAGAAAUCACAGCUCUGGAGGAAGCCGAUAAGUCCUUUGUACACAUGGAAACUGUGGACAAUUGCCCGAGAAUGAAGCAAACAAUACGAAUGCUCCUCAAAGAUCUGCAGACACUCCACAAAAUUGCAAAGAUUCAAGGGUAAAUAUUUCUCUUCUCACAUACAUAACUUAGCUGGUGGUAUUUGCUGAUAAAGGAACUGGAGCUGAAAUUACAUAUUUGUGUUACAAAAUACACAUGUAGAUGUUUGAAAUGGAAAAUAUACCUUUUGUCAAGUA